AUUCGCGUCACGUAAACGACGACGGAGCCGGACAAAGACUGCCUUCUUGAAGCAUUGGCCCUGUCGCUUAGCUCAUUAAUAAGGCAUCGGUUUUCACUCUUGCCUAAAUAUAUCUCCCGAGUCAAUCCCCCUCUCUCAUAAAUCAGAAACCAGAAUUCGGACGAGGAUCAGGCAAUCAAUUCGUCAUUAACUUAACAGAGUUCAAUGGCAUCUUCGUCGGACUCAUGGGUGAAGGAAUAUAAUGAAGCGAUAAAACUUGCUGAUGAUAUCAAUGGCAUGAUGUCAGAACGGAGUUCUUUACCAGCAUCAGGGCCUGAAGCUCAGCGUCAUGUGUCUGGUAUACGGAGGAAGAUUACAAUAUUGGGGACGAGGCUUGAUAGCUUACAGUCUCUUUUGUCAAAGCUUCCUGGGAAGCAGCCCAUAUCGGAGAAAGAGAUGAAUCGUCGCAAGGACAUGCUUACUAAUUUGAGAUCAAAAGUGACCCAGAUGGCUUCCACACUGAACAUGUCAAACUUCGCCAAUAGGGACAGCUUGCUUGGGCCAGAAAUUAAGCAAGCUGAUCCCAUGAGCAGAACAACUGGCUUGGACAACCAUGGCCUAGUUGGUCUUCAACGUCAAGUCAUGAAAGAGCAAGACGAGGGGCUUGAGAAACUGGAGGAGACUGUAAUUAGUACAAAACAUAUUGCAUUGGCAGUCAACGAAGAACUUGACCUACACGCUAGACUUAUUGAUGACUUGGACCAACAUGUGGAUGUUACAGACUCUCGCUUACGGCGAGUGCAGAAGAACCUUGCAAUUUUGAAUAAGAAGACGAAGGGUGGUUGCUCUUGUAUUGGCAUGCUUUUAGCAGUAGUCGGGAUCGUUAUUCUGGUUUUCGUCAUAUAACUCUUGAUCAAAUACUUGUAAUGCUGAAAAAUAACAAACAGAAGUAUCUCCCCCUUCUGCUGUGUGUGGCCUGGUGUGCUGGCUUUUACUUAUUGUUUGUUUGAACCCUUUUUUGCUUGAUGUUAAUUAAUGGCUUUCUUUGGUACUUGGUGAGCCAAGUCGAAAUGUUGAGGCAUUCAACAACUGUGUAAAUUACUGCUUUUUCGUUCUCACUAUCUAGAUGAGUAAUGAUAAAUGAUUGGGAAUUUAAUUUACUGUA